AGGAAAAAAAGGCGGGAAACGCCGCCAUUUUGGUCGCCAUGGAAGCUGAGGCGCAGAGGUUGAAAGCGGCUUUUCAUUACACUGUUGCUCGUCUGUGCGAGGACGUUGCUGAAGAUAAAAACAUUCAGUUUAGCAGACAGACCAUUGCAGCUAUUUCUGAGAUCACCUUUCGACAAUGCGAAAUGUUUGCAAAGGACCUUGAAAUGUUUGCCAAGCACGGAAAACGGAGUACAGUUAAUGUUGAAGAUGUGAAACUUUUGGCUCGAAGGAGUAACUCAUUGUUGAAGUAUAUUACUCAGAAAAGUGAUGGGCUUUCUUUGAAUAACCUGGAACAAAAAGAAAAAAAGAAAAAGAAAUCUGCUGCUAAGAAAGGAGGAAGAAAUUCAAAUGAGCUUGAAGAACCUGUGGCAGUCGAGAAUGAAGAUUCCAACAUGGCAUAAAACUCACUUUUGCUUGUGUCAAGAUGGGGAUUUCUCACAUUCAUUAUGAAGCCCAGUUCCUCAGUGUCAUCUUGCCUUGAUUACAAUUCUAUUUUUUUUUAAAUUUAAAUAAGCACUGUGUAUUUGGAAAAUAAAUAAACAUUGGGAAAAGAGAAAUACCUUAAUGGGGAACUUGGAUGAUUCUGGAAAUGAGUUAUUUAAGAUGAGAGAGGUCGACCUGAAGAAUAAUGAUUGUAUACCUUAUAAACAGCAAAAGGCACAUUUAGUUCUCACUGGACAAAAUAUUUGGGAAUCUUAAGAGCAAAUUUUUCAGGGCUUUACACUGUACUAAUUUUCCUAGGAAGAAAAGUUGGCAGCUGGAAAUUGGACACGUAAUAGCAUCUACCAUCAGUAAAGCUACAGGCACUGGAGAAGAAUAAGGAAAAAAUACAUAUCUUGAGAUCUUUCCUGCUUUCAUAAAGGAAUAGUUCCUGCCCCUUCUUGAAAAUAUUUUAGACAUAUUUUUUUCAUUCGAAUUGGCUUUCAGGUUUUCACAAAAUAGGUCCAACCACAAUAUACAUUAUACAGAGCCUCAGUGGCAUAGUGGUUAGAGUGCAGUACUGCAAGUUACUUC